UAUUUCAUGCUUGUUGCAGCUGCAGGGAGAAGUGGGAGAUUAACAGGGAAAAAGCUACGGUUUCUUGCGAAUUUGGCCUCCUCUGAUGUCAAAGUCUCGAUCUUUCUUCCUGCUCUCCUCAGCUCUCUCUUCGCCGAACGUAAGAAUUCGAAGGACUUGAGCUAGAAGGACCAUGGGGAAGAGGUCCAGGAGUCAGGAAAAGGAGAAGAGGGGCUCUAAGAGGAGGGCUGUCGAUGAAGACGUGGCCUUGGAAGACAUCGAUGACGAAAUAGAUGCCUUUCACAAACAAAAAUAUGUUGAGCCGCGAACAUUUGUAGUGAUGCUGGGUAGUCAGAUGGUGACAAUGAACAGCCUGUCUUUGAUUUUAAGGACAAAGAGGAUGAAGAGGAGGAUGGAGAUGAUGACGCUCAAUUGCCUGGGCUUGCUGCGAAAAUUGCAAGACAGCAAAAGUUUUUGCGGGCAAAAAUUGGUGGGGCGGAAGACGAAAUGCACGAGGAGGAGGAAGAAGAUGAAGACAAGAAGGCCGUUUGGGGGCAGUAGUAAGAGACAGCACUAUAAUGCUGAUGAGGCAGCAUCUAGUGAUGAGGAAAUUCCAGCAGAGGAAGAGGCAGAGGUGUUAAGAUUGCAGAGGGAGAAAGCAAAAUCAUUAUCAAUGAGGACUUUGGGCUUGAAGAUAUUAGUCCAGAUGAGACCACUGUGGAACCAACUUUAGGGGUAGCAUUUUCUGAUAACCUUGUUUACUCUGUGGCUUUAAAGUUGUUCUGAAAUGUUCUCCCCAUGGAGGUAGGUGGAGUUUCGAAGUAAUAGUGCUAUUUCAAUGGCAAGUUAUUCACGAUUCUGCAGGAAAUUAUGG